AUGACAAAUGUCACAGUAGUGGAAUUCAGACUGCUCAGUUUCAGUAGCAACCCAUACUACCAGAUCCUGCUAUUCACAUUGUUCUUGGUUAUUUAUAUCCUUACCAUCGUGGGAAACACCAUUAUUAUUUCAGUGGUGACAGUGGAGCCACAACUUCAUUCACCCAUGUACAAAUUUCUCAAGAACCUCUCUUUCCUAGAGAUCUGUUACACCACCACAAUUGUACCCAAGAUGCUGGCCAAUUUAGUGGCAGAGAGGAAGAUCAUCUUUUUCUCAGGGUGCAUGGCACAGCUUUACUACUUCAUUUUCUUGGGAGCCACUGAGUGUUACCUCUUGGCAGUGAUGGCAUAUGACCGAUACCUUGCAGUCUGUGACCCCCUGCAGUAUAUUACAUCUAUGACUGCUGAGUUUUAUACCAGUCUGGCUGUGGGCUCCUGGCUCACUGGUGUUUUCACUGGCUUUCUGCCAUGUCUGAUGAUCUCCAGAUUGCAUUAUUGCAGUUACAACCCUAUUGAUCACUUCUUCUGCAAUAUCCCUCCACUACUGAAGCUCUCCUGCUCAGACACCACUGUCACAGAAGUUGUCAUCUUUAUCCUAUCUCUCCUGGUCCUUUCCAGUUGCUAUCUGUUGACUCUUGUCUCAUACCUAUUCAUAAUUCUUAGCAUCUUGAAGAUCCCCUCUGCUUCUGAAAGAAGAAAGACCUUCUCCACCUGCAGUUCACACCUCAUGGUAGUGGUCAUAUACUAUGGUACAAUGAUUUCUGUGUAUGUCCGUCCCACCUCCAGUAUCCCCUCACAGCUCAACAAGGGUGUAUCUGUGCUCUACACAGUGAUCACACCCCUUCUGAAUCCGGUCAUAUACAGCUUGAGGAACAAGAGAUUCAAGGAUGCCUUGGGAAAAAUAAUCACUAGAUAUCGUCAUCUUCAUGCUUUGUAA